UUUAUAGUUUCCAACGAGUCGUAGACAUUCGAAGUGUACAUACUCAGUAUGCAUAGAAAAAGGUACCUACACGCAUGCGGUGGCACGACCGGGAGGCGGUGUUUCGGGUGUCUGGACACCCCUUUAUACGUAUCCGUGGCUUUUUUGGUAACAAACAAAACGUUUAUUUAUUUUUUUUUUCUUCCAUAGAUGCUUGUAAACAAUUUUUAAUUUCACCGAUAAUGAACAUUUACGCGAGUAAAAAAAAAAAAAAAAAACAAACCCAGUAUAGAUAUUCACAACUAAUUUUCCAAUUAAAUAUACAUACGGGCUGUCCCACGAAGAUAUACCCCUUGAAUAUCCCCGGAGAUAAUAAAAAUAAUCAAAUUAUGUUUUCUUUAUAUUACCCACAGGAAUGAGGAGUACACAUAUUUACCCAUGAAUUCAUUUUUUUUUUCUAAUUAUUUUUGGAAAAUUUUUUAUAUAUCACACAUUUAUAUCCGACGAACAGUUUCUAAGGAACAGCCGUUUUAAAUUCUAUAAACCCGUGUGAAAACCGAUGUUAUCGCGCAACGCGGUUAGGUUAUUCCAAAGGUAAUCUAGGGAUAUUAAAAUUUUCCGAAAACAAUAAAAUAAAGUCCAUUUUUUUUACGAAAAAUGAAAAAAAAAAUGAAUUCAAAUAUACAUAUUUGUAGUCAUCGUCCCUGUUAGUAAUGUAAAAAAAAAAAAAAAAAAAAACAUAAUUUGAUUUUCUUUAUGAUUUCCGGAAAUAUUCAAGGAGUAUAUCUUCGAGGGACAGCCUGCAUAUAUAGGUAUGUACGCUCCGAAUCUAAAAUAUAAGAAAUACGCAUAAAAUCGCAAAACAAACAUAGGUAUAUAGUAACCACGAAUUAAUCCGCGGUAAUUGUUAGUAACCAAUUAUCCGCUAUAAUUGUGUAUACAACAUAAUUAUUAUUAAUCAUUAAAAAUUUACACAAUUGAUCAAAAUAGAAAUACUCUAUGUAAUAUGAAACCCAUGGAGUAUUGAAAUAAACUUGAAAAAUAAAAACGUCGAUCAAAUAUUCAAAACAUUUUGAUCAGUUCGUUACCGUGUUAUUGCGGAAGCGUAGUAGUGCCAACUAAGGAAGUAAAAUUGUAAUUUCGACUUUUGUUUUCGAAAUCUCUGUAAGCAGAUUUAUUUGGUCGUGGCUCUUGAGCAUAUUUUGUCGGUCAGCCGCGCACUCAUUCUUCACAUUUUUGAAGUCUUCUUCUAAUUCUACUAUUCUCUGAUCAGCGACCCGUGUAAUCUGUAACAGCCAACAGGCAAAUGGCAAUAGCAGAAUGUACUCAAAUAAUUUGAUAGAAAAUUAUUUUCACGUAGGUUUUAGUUACAAUGAAAUAACACAUCUGUCAAGCAAUGGGACAGAUAUAAGUCUUCGAACACUUAAGUGAAAAUUGAAACAACUUGGUCUGUACAAACGCAUCAAUUAUACGCUUAUUAAUAUAGUAAAAUCGUAUUCAGGAAUCUAAAUUUUGGACCGACGUAUUUUGUCAAUUAAAAGACUAUUUAGUUUUACAAUAAUGAUUUUUUUUUUUUAUUGUUUACGGUCUGUGGACAUUUUUUCUUCUAGUAAACUUACUCAAGAGUAUGGGCUAUGGUAUCUUUUCCGAAAGCUCUCGUUUUCCAGUUGGUACUUGCGGAGAUAAUUUUUUUGAUUUUUGAAACCGUAUUCAGAAUAUAAGCCAUUAACCCGGAGAAAAAUCAAAAUACCGAAAUUACAAUAAUUUCGAAAACAAAAUUCAAAAUUACGAUAAAUUUCGACAGCGAAAGCCGUGAUGCGGAAAAAUAGUAGUCGAAAUUUCGAAAUUAGAAUUUGUUUUUGCUCAGUUGGCAUUACUACGCUUCCGUACGUUAUCGCGAUGGUAGAUAAAAUAUGUUAUUGUCUGUUAGCAGCGUACAUUGAGUCCUUAUACAUUCUUGUAUUAUCCGUGGCAACGUGCUACACUAAUUGAUCGGAGAGCACGACGAUAAAACCGCAGAUGACCGUGUGAAACAAAAAAACACAAUAAUCAAUUUUUUAAAUUUAUCUUAAAAAUAAUUUUUUUUUUAUCUAAGGUUUGCGUAAUUAUCAUUUAAUAAGUGACACGGAAUAAACAACGACUAGAAAUUGUUAUUUCGUACUGCAAAAAUUAAUAAUUUUUCCUGUAUAUUCCCACUGCACACUAAAAAGAACCAUGCGUCUACACAAGUAACUUGUUCGUUUAGACCACUCGUCACGGAUAUUUUGAAAUUGAACAUAUUUUACGGGCUACUUAGUGAUGUUGAAAACCGUUCCGUUUCGUUUUAUCAUAAUUCACCGGUUAAGUUUUCAAACGUUACCUAAUUAUACCUGUGCUCGUUUUUGUAAUGUCGCCUGACGUUGUAUUCUUUCAUUACAAUUUAAACAUAAUAACUUUCCGCUGCGUUCGAUCAAAACGAAACGUUCGGUCCAAUUCUCUUUGAAAGUACGACGCGCAUCGUUAAUUUUUAGUUUUGGCGCCAUAGCACUAAUAACUAUAAAACGGAUAAAAAUAUCACACAGAGAACUGAGACGAUUUGGCACACCUCACUAUAAAAUCGAUUCUGCAAAGCUAAAUCAUAUUUCGUUUUGUACAGUUAUUAUUAUAAUUGCCGUUAAUCGAAACGUAGAUAACGCGUACGGUAUCUAUUUUAUACACAAUAUCUAUUUUUAUUCAAUAAUAAUUGUUAUUGUAAUAUAAUUCAAUGAGAAAUGUGUUUUUUUUUUUCAACAAAGAAAACGCGUGACAUGCGCGCUCGCUGGAAAUUUAUUAAGGAGGGGCAGUGUCUUAGCAAAGUUUCGAAUGACUUUUUUUAUUAUUAUUAUUAUUUUGCAUAUAAUCCCAGAUAAAAUGGCCCUUUGAUGCUCAUUGUUCUCAUUAUUAAAUUGAUUUCUAUUUAAUUUAAUACAUUUCAGUUUCGAAACUCGACGCGCCCUCUGUUAACGACGGUGGUGAACUAACGUUUUUUUUUUUUUUUUUAAUCUAGGAAAAUGGUUUUUGGACAUUGUACUGUUAUCAAUGUUAUCUAUUUCUAACCACGUGCACAAUCUUAGAAGAUAUCCGCUGAGUAGAAGUGUAGUUACUAGUUUCUAUCUUCAAACUUCAAAAUCGAAUUAGAUUGGUGACAGGUGACAAUCCACCAAUCUGAUAUUAAACUUUAUUUAGGUGCUUCGUGAAUUCGAGAUCUUGAUUCGACACUAGUCACUAGAUACCUAAUUGUUAAAAGGUAUUCGUUACAAAUGACGAGAUUCGCAAGAGGUCACGGUUCUAAAUCGUCCAACCAAAAACUACCGGAAGAGGCGACACCAUGGUCUCGAAUGAAAGAGAAACCGGAGCAAACAAAAACAGAAGAUGAACCGGCGGAUGAAGAAGCUUCCAAAUCAGAGAGUCAAAUUAAACGUGACUCGUAUUCAAACGUAGACAAAUUUGAUGGCUACAGCGUACUUAGAGAAGAUGCAGCUCUAUUGCGAACUGAAAAAUUCAAAUUAAUAAAACAAGGUGUACCCAGACACCAGUUGAAGGCACAACUAAUGCCCAUGCGUCGACGUGCCGAGAAAAAACUUUCCAGAUUGAGACAAAAAUCUUGUUUCCAUUGCCGACAACCUGGUCAUAUGCUUAACCAAUGUCCAAAGUUAGGAACUGAUACUGCACUAGGAGUAUGUUUUAAGUAAGUUGUCUGCAAAUAUUAGAAAAUAAUAGAUUUAGGUAUAUAGGUAGAAUAGAUUUGAAAUUUUGAUUCAAAUACAAAAUAGGAAUAUACAACAAUAUUAAGGAUUACACCACUUCUAUGUUAUAUCAACUGCCACCAUAUAAUAUUACUUUGAUAUUUCACUAUUCCCAAUUUUAACGAUUGUCAACUACAACAAUACUACUAUGAACUACAAGUCCAUAAUGCUGUUUACUUUCAUUCUAUCCGUGUAAGAGUACUACAACAUACUAUAUUGAUAACCUACUUCUUCUUCUCCUUCAUCUCAACUAUAUUUUGGGCAGAUUACUUACUUGUAAAAUAUAUUCUAUUAUUGUAAUAUACCUGUUUUUAACACGUUUUUAAAAUCUUAAGUGUUGAACUUGUAUUAGCAUAGCCAUUAAAAAUUAUACAUUUAAAUAUAAUUGACAUUCUGUUGAGUACCUAGUGGAGUUAAGGAGAGAAGGAAAAUAUACAUUGUAUAUUAUAGGUUUUAAGACCAAUUGUUUUAAAAAACAGUUUGGUUUCUCAGAUUGUUUUUUUAAUAUUUAUUCUUAUGUUUUUUACAUAUUUUUUUAAUGAUCCAUAUCUGAAUGUCAAAUCAAUCUUAUCUUGCUACAUUAUACUUAAAGUGUAUAAUUUCGGUGUUGUGAAUAUCGUAAUAGUUGUUAACAAGUAUUAUUCAUUUUAAAUUAAGUACGUAGUAAUAGAACAUCAGAGGAGUUGUAUUUGUAAUAUUUUAAAUUUGAAAUAAUAUAUUGAGACUUUGAGUGUAUUACUUAUUUGAAGUAGUGAAUUAUUGUAGUUGUUAUAGCAACCUCAACAAUUUGAUCAUUACAUUUGAUAUAAUGUGGUUGAAACAUUGAGUAAUAUUACUCUAUGGGUUGAAAUAGGUAACUAAGUGGUUAAUAUAACCAUGGUUUGGAACUUAUCCCUAGCACUUAAAAUUAACAAAAAAUGCUAUUAAAAAACAUAAAUUCUGAAAUUUACUACUUAAAAAAAAUCCAUGGAAAUAAUAAAAAUAGCUCUUUCAAGUUUCAUAUUUGAAUUGUUGAAUUUUUGUAAACUACAUUUAUGGACUAGUAUUGCUUUAUACCCAGCAAUAACUGAUGUGACACAUAAAUAAAAUAACAAAACUAAACAAAUUAGUAGAACAGAAUUCAAAUAGGCAUAACUAUUUAAAAUGUAUGGGAGGUGAAAAUCUGGGUUUUUGUCAGUGGAUUAUAUAAUUACUAGGUGAGUAAAAAUUAAUAACAGUAUAUUCAAAUAAUCAAAAAAGCAUCUUUUUUUUUAAAAAAAAAUUAGCAAAAAAAUAAUUUUUAAAUUUCAUAUUUUGAACUCGUAAAUAGAUUGUAUUUAAUGAUAAUCCAAAACAAUUAAGCAAAAGUCUCUAACCCUGUAUAGCAUAAUAUUAUUUUAAUUUUGCUAUUUAUUUUCAUUACAUAUUUAGUUAUGUAUUAUUCGUAUUAAUGAUAAAAUUAAUAAAUUUAAUUAAAACAAAAUGCUAUUACCAAUUCAAUUAUUUCACAGCAUAAUAUUGUUUAAAUACCUAUAGUUACACUACUUAAUUACUCUUUUUUAUACAAUUUCAGAUGUGGUUCAACUGAACACAAAUUACAGCAAUGUCGUAAUGCUGGUAAUAAUAGUCAACUUGAAUUUGCUAAAUGUUUUAUAUGUAAUGAAGAAGGUCAUCUUUCGCGCCAGUGUCCAGAUAAUCCAAUGGGCCUCUAUCCAAAUGGAGGCGCUUGCCGGUAAUUUAUUUUAUUUUGUAACCAUACUAACAAAAAAAAAAUGUUAAAUAAAUAUAUAUUUAUCAUUGCAUUCAUUUUUUUUUGGCACUAAAUUUAAUGAACAUCUUUUUUUCUUGAGAAAGAUUAAGAUUUCUUGGUGUUUCGAUUUAUGAACUAUUAAAAAGUUAGUUAUUUAACCCUUUAUAGGGCAUAAAGAGGUUUUGUAAAAGUUUUGUAAACAAAUUGUUUUGUAUCUUUUAUAUAGAGCUGUAUAUUUUGAAUAAUACAAAAACUCUUUAAUAUUCCCUCCAAAAUAUUGUUCUAUAUAAAUUUCAUAAUAUACACUUAUACUCUAAAAUCAAUUUUUACUAGUUUUACUUAUUCUGCGUAAGCAUUGUUUUUGCAUGUUACCCGAUAAUUGAACUGAGACAGUAUAACAUCUUCUUAAUAAACAAUAAAUAUUUCCUCUAAGGUUAUUACUGUUUGAAUGUUUAAAAACAUAAUGUUCAAAAUGAAACAUUUUUCUACUACUUUGCCUUCAUCCCAACUAUUUGGGAUCGGCAACUCUUGUCCUAAACUUCCAUUUGACCUGAUUUCCCACCUCUCAUACACUGGCCAGCCUCAUAUCAUUCUCUAUAAUAUUCAUUCACCUCCUUUUGAUGUUUAGUGGGAGAGAGUCCUUCUUUCUUUUUGUAUUUAUUUUCGUUACAUUUCUUACUGCUUCAAAUUUCUCUCUCCUCAUGACAUGCCCAAACUACUUCAGUCUAUUUUUCUAAUUUUGUCUAUUAUUGAAUCUAUGACUUGUCUAAUCUAUCAAUGUUCAAAAUGUAUUCAUUUUUUUCAAAAUCAAUUAAAAUAUUAAUACAUUUGUGUGAACUUAUAGAUUGUGUGGUGAUGUUACACAUUUUGCCAAAGAUUGUCCAGAAAAACAAAAACGUAAAAGAGAAGAAGAUUUACCGACGGUUGGAAUAAUGAAUAAUCGAGCAGUUGAAGAUUUAGAUGAUGAAAAAACUAAUCACAAACAAAAUAAUACCAUACACAGACAAAUAUUUAAGAAAAAAAAAUUAAUUGUUAUGAAAUAAUAAUAUGUAAUGCUGAAUGUAUUUCAAACCAAUUUUUACAAAAUGUUGAUCGGGAAAGUUAAUAAAAAUUGAAUUAUUGGUU